AUGCAAAUUGCCGCGUCACCUCUGUUUGUGUGGUUCAUGCUCCUUUCCUGUGGUCGAAUCCAUCAAGUGGUAUUGGCCAGGGCACUCAGUCUCAGAGGACCAUUGCUAGUGUCCUUGGGAAAACAAGGAAGGAGCAGUGUAACGUCCACUCCUGGUACCAAGAUCCAGCAACCUUUCGCCGCCUCCACUUCCCUAUUUGGUACGGGGAGUCCCAACGGCGACACGGACAACGACGAGGAAAAUCAAAACAUUCUACCAGAUCUUCCCGACGCCAAAGGACCCCAAGGUCGUACGGGUUGGACUCACAACUUGCCCACUGAAAAAUCUUCCUUUUGGGAGAGCGAUACGCCAUCGCCCGUGUCAACUCCGUCACCUACCGGUGCUCCUCGCACGGGGUGGCUUCACAAUUCCGAGCCGACAGAAACGGCCAAGCAAAUCAAUCAACAGCAACAACAGAAAACAUCUUUAGCUCGACAUCGUCUUCAGCAAGCCAUGAAGGAACAACAAGUCAAUCAUCGCAUCCUUACUCCACCGGCAUUUCAUGCGUGCGGAGACAACCGUUGCUUUGCUGUCACGGAACACGUCAUCUCGGUCCCACUCGAUCAUUCACAACAACAACAACAACAACAACAGCGUCGACGACUGGAUGUGUACUUUACCAUUGUCGAAAAGGUCACCAAAGACAAUGCUGAUUGGUUGGAAGAAU